UAAAAGAUGAUUUUAAAUGUCCAAGUCAAUAUAUUAGUCCUGUAAGGUUCUACAGAGCCAAUUAAAACUAAUGUAUUACAGCUUUUGUGACUCUGAAGGAGCUUUGUCAAGUCUAAGAUAAUUACUCAAGUGAUGUGAUCUUGGCUCUGAGACCACAAAUGUUCAACAGAAAACCGAACAUGUUGCAGCUCCUGCAAGUUGCUGUGUUGUGGCUCUACCUUCUCCUUCCCUCGCUGCUCUGUGACAACCUGCGCUGCUACUACAGCCCAAUCCUGGAGAAGGACAAGAAAUUUGAGUUCAUUGUUACCGAGUGCCCUCCUGAUGAGCUGUGCUUUAAGGGCGAAGGUCGCUAUGGCAACUACAGCGCCCUGUCCGCCAGGGGCUGCAUGCCGAAGAGGGACUGCAGCCAGGUACACAAGAUCCGCAUCCGGGGAACCCUCUACACCAUGAGCUACGGCUGCUGUGAUUGGCCGUUCUGUAACUCCUGCAUCACCGCCAAACCCCUCUACGUCACAAUGACACUUGUGGCUGUAGCGGUGAUGGCCGGCAGCUUGUGACUGAAGACGCCUAUGUGAUGAGCAUCUUUAGGGCUUCAUGUCAAGGGGAAAUGUUUUUAUGGUUCAACAAGAGAACAGAGCAUCUCUGCAGCCUCAGCAUGGAGUAAUGCAGAGAGCCUGCAGCAGUCUGUGGUGAACGCCCAGUCUGAAGACACUGUGUGCACCAAGGUGAUGCCGGAGAUUUCAACAAUUCUUUUACAAUAUCUUAGCGACAAAAAUCUGUUUUUUAAUUUGUAUGAUUGCAUAUUUAAAUAAAUUAUAUUAAAUGCUCUUUUGAAUAUC